GCGGGAUUGACCCGCUCGCCGCCUGCGGAGGCGGAGGUGACAGCGGGCCUGGGACGUGCGGCCGUAGCUGCCCGCUGCGCCGAGGGACCGCCGGGCAGCGGAGAGCAGGUUUAAAAGAUGGAGGCUGGCUCAGUGGUUCGAGCCAUCUUUGACUUCUGCCCUAGCGUGUCAGAAGAACUGCCACUCUUUGUGGGAGAUAUUAUUGAGGUAUUGGCAGUGGUGGAUGAAUUUUGGCUUCUAGGAAAGAAAGAGGAUGUGACAGGACAGUUCCCCAGCAGUUUUGUAGAAGUUGUUACCAUUCCCAGUCUAAAAGAGGGCGAGAGACUGUAUGUCUGUAUCUGUGAGUUUACAUCCCUAGAACUGAACAGUCUUCCUCUCCAUCGAGGUGACCUAGUGAUUCUUGAUGGCACUCUCACUGGUGGCUGGCUGCAGGGCCGAAACUGCUGGGGUGCCCGGGGCUUCUUCCCAUCCUCGUGUGUUAGGGAGCUCUGCCUUUCCUCACAGAGUCGGCAGUGGCACUCACAGAGUGCUCUUCUCCAGAUUCCUGAAUAUUCCAUGGGACAAGCCCGGGCACUGAUGGGGCUUUCUGCCCAGCUGGAUGAGGAGCUGGACUUCAGAGAAGGGGAUGUAAUUACCAUUAUUGGAAUUCCUGAGCCAGGCUGGUUUGAAGGGGAACUAGAGGGUCGAAGAGGCAUUUUCCCAGAAGGUUUUGUGGAGCUUUUGGGGCCCCUGAGGACUGUGGACGAAUCGGCCAGUUCUGGAAACUGUGAUGACUGCAUUAGUAACGGUGAAGUAGAUACCGGUACAGGAGAAGAGAAGGAGCCAGAAGAGGACAGUGAGCAGCCGGGCACCUAUGGAAUUGCCCUCUACAGAUUCCAGGCCCUGGAGCCAAAUGAGCUGGAUUUUGAAGUAGGUGAUAAAAUCCGAAUCCUGGGCACGCUGGAAGAUGGCUGGCUUGAAGGGUCACUGAAGGGCAGGACGGGCAUCUUUCCUUACCGGUUUGUAAAGUUAUGUCCUCAAACAAGGGUGGAGGAAACCGUGGAUCUGUCACAGGAGAGCGACCUCACCAACAUUCCUGACACACCUUUGGAUUGUUCAGAGAACUCCUUAGAAGCAGAAGGAAACAGACAUGAAUUUCCUGAGUAUGAAGCAGAGAAGUCCAACUGUGUUAUUUCUGAAACAUCAUCCGUUUCUACUCCGGAGCACCUGACUUCUGAGUGUGAAGAAAACGAACAGUCUUACUGGGACGCGGACCCCUCAGGAGGGCCCCCGAGAAGCCCAAGUGCGGGGCAUGAGGAGGUUUUUGUCAAAUGCUCUUCCACGAAGGAUCCUUCAGAGGUCGUCAAUGGUGUUGCGUCCCAACCUCCAGUACCUUUUCAUCCUGAACUGCAGAGAAACCAGUAUUAUUCUAUGAGAGGAGGAAGCCACCCAAGCCCAGACCAGUAUUCUGACUUUCUUCCUCCAGAAGCAAGGACUCGAGACUACUCCAGCCUACCUCCCAGAAGAACUUCAUACUCCCAGCCGAAAACCCUGCAGAAGCCAGGGCCACCUCUUCACAGCGCCUCUUCCCUCACUGCCUCCAGGGCAGUCAGACCCAGCCAGUUGAGCUCUCAGCUCCACGGCCUGGCAAGAUGUGUGAAAAAGCACUGCACACCCAAAGAAAGUGCUUCCAGCUUUUGCUCCGCCCCAGACAGACCAGAGAUGAAGCCUGGUCUGCAAGACAAGGCACCUGCCCUGGAACCUAUGGCACGGUCCCAAGGAGAAGGCAGCACGGACCUGGAUUCAAAGUUGACGCAACAACUGAUAGAGUUUGAGAAGAGCUUGUCAGGGCCCUUCCCAGAACCCGAUAAAAUUUUGCGCCACUUUUCAAUCAUGGACUUUAACUCCGAAAAGGAUAUUUUCCGAGGUUCCUCGAAGCUAGUGACUCAGCAGGAGUUGCCUGAAAGGAGAAAAGCUCUAAGGCCCCCACCACCCCGUCCCUGUACUCCAGCAUCCACUCCUCCCCAUGUGCCGGGAGACCAGAACCUGAGACUGGACCCACCCCUGGCAGUGAGACCCUCUCGCCCAGCUCCCCUGCCUCCCUCAGCCCAGCAGAGAACAAACGCAGUACCCCCCAAGCUCUUAACCUGUAACCGUCCUGGCCGGGAGAGCCUAGAAAAGGAGGGCCCGGAGAAUGUCGACAAGACUUUGGACCAGACUUCCCAGUGUCCCUUGGUCCUGGUGAAGAUCCAGGAGAUGGAACAGGACCUGGAUAUGUGCCGCAGAGCUCAGGAAGAGCUCAACUUACUGCUGGAGGAGAAGCAAGAGGAGUCACUGAGGGCAGAGACCCUUCAGCAUCUUGAGUUCUAUGAGAAUAACAUUGAGAGUUUGAACAUGGAACUCCAGCAACUUAGAGAAAUGACGCUUCUCUCCUCCCAGUCUUCAUCACUGAUGGCCCCUUCUGGUUCUGUGUCCACUGAAAACCCAGAGCAAAGGAUGCUAGAGAAGAGAGCCAAGGUGAUAGAGGAACUUCUUCAGACGGAAAGAGACUACAUCCGGGAUCUGGAGAUGUGUAUUGAGCGGAUCAUGGUACCCCUGCAACUGGCACAGAUACCAAACAUUGAUUUUGAGGGACUUUUUGGAAAUAUGCAGAUGGUGAUUAAGGUCUCAAAACAAUUAUUGACUGAUCUGGAAAUCAGCGAUAACAUAGGACCUGUGUUUCUUGAUCACCGAGAUGAGCUUGAAGGAACAUACAAGGUUUACUGCCAGAAUCAUGAUGAGGCCAUCUCAUUGCUGGAAAUCUAUGAGAAGGAUGAGAAGAUCCAGAAGCAUCUUCAGGACUCCUUGGCAGAUCUUAAGAGCCUGUACAACGAAUGGGGAUGCACAAAUUAUAUUAACCUGGGCUCCUUCCUCAUCAAACCAGUGCAGAGAGUAAUGCGUUACCCAUUGCUGCUGAUGGAGUUAUUGAAUUCCACCCCUGAAUCCCACCCAGAUAAAGUGCCUUUAACGAAUGCAGUCCUUGCAGUCAAGGAAAUCAACGUUAACAUUAAUGAGUAUAAACGUCGAAAGGACCUAGUUCUCAAGUACCGAAAGGGUGAUGAAGAUAGCCUCAUGGAGAAAAUUUCCAAACUGAACAUCCACUCCAUCAUCAAGAAAUCUAACCGGGUUAGCAGUCAUCUGAAGCAUCUCACUGGCUUUGCUCCACAGAUUAAAGAUGAAGUAUUUGAAGAAACAGAGAAAAACUUCCGCAUGCAAGAAAGAUUAAUCAAAUCUUUUAUCCGAGACCUGUCUCUCUACCUCCAGCACAUCCGGGAAUCGGCAUGUGUGAAGGUGGUGGCUGCCGUGAGCAUGUGGGACGUGUGCAUGGAGAAGGGACACAGAGACUUGGAACAGUUCGAGAGGGUGCAUCGCUACAUCAGUGACCAGCUCUUCACAAACUUUAAAGAGAGGACAGAGCGGCUGGUCAUCUCUCCCCUGAAUCAGUUACUGAGCAUGUUCACAGGACCCCACAAGCUGGUGCAGAAACGCUUCGACAAGCUUCUGGACUUCUAUAACUGUACGGAACGGGCGGAGAAGCUGAAGGACAAGAAAACCCUGGAGGAGCUACAGUCGGCACGGAACAACUAUGAGGCCCUGAAUGCCCAGCUGCUAGAUGAGCUGCCCAAGUUCCACCAGUACGCGCAGGGCCUCUUUAGCAACUGCGUGCAUGGCUACGCCGAGGCCCACUGUGACUUUGUGCGUCAGGCGCUGGAGCAACUGAAGCCACUGCUCUCGCUACUCAGAGUCACCGGCAGGGAGGGGAACCUGAUUGCCAUCUUCCACGAGGAGCACAGCAGGGUCCUGCAGCAGCUCCAGGUUUUCACCUUCUUCCCAGAGUCUCUUCCCACCACCAAGAGACCAUUUGAGAGGAAAACCAUGGACCGCCAGUCCACCCGAAAGCCGCUCCUCGGCAUGCCAAGUUACAUGCUCCAGUCGGAAGAACUUCGAGCCUCACUCCUGGCAAGGUAUCCCCCUGAAAAGCUCUUCCAGGCAGAACGGAACUUCAAUGCAGCCCAGGACCUGGAUGUCUCACUUUUGGAAGGUGACCUAGUGGGUGUGAUCAAGAAGAAGGACCCCAUGGGCAGUCAGAACCGCUGGCUGAUUGACAACGGAGUCACCAAGGGCUUUGUGUACAGCUCCUUCCUGAAGCCCUACAACGCGCGCCGCAGCCACUCCGACGCCUCCGUGGGCAGCCACUCCUCCACCGAGUCGGAGCACGGCAGCUCCUCCCCCAGGUUGCCACGGCGGCAGAACAGUGGCGGCACCUUGACCUUCAACCCCAGCAGCAUGGCUGUGUCCUUUAGCUCAGGGCCUUGCCAGAAACAGCCUCCAGAUGCAUCUUCCCAGACAGAAUUUGACCAAGGAACUCUCAGCGCAUCCUUGAACUCAGAGGGCAGUCCUUCCAGAUGCCCCUCGGACCCAGACUCCCCCUCCCAGCACAGGCCGUGGGACUCGGGCGAUGCGGUCAGAGACCUUCCCCAGCCUGCCCCUACCCUGAGGAACUCCCGAAACUCCAGGCAUCCAGAAAUGGCUGGUUCCUCCAUGUCAGGGCGUAACGGGCAGGGUCGAGACCUCCUAAAAGCAGGCGCAAGAACAGCGCUGUCUCUGGAUGACAGACAUGAACAGCCAGAGAGUAGCGAGGCGGAAGGCAACCAGGUCUAUUUUGCUGUCUAUACCUUCAAGGCACGGAACCCAAAUGAGCUGAGUGUGUCAGCCAAUCAGAGACUCAAGAUCCUAGAGUUUAAAGAUGUUACAGGAAAUACAGAAUGGUGGUUAGCUGAAGUCAAUGGGAAAAAGGGUUAUGUUCCAUCCAAUUAUAUCCGCAAAGCUGAGUACACCUGAGCCUGUUCUGCUUCCCACUCAGCCUUGCUGCCUUCACUUCCUUCUGCUGAAGGGUUCUGGUAUCCGCCAAGAGGGCUCCUGCUCCUGAGACACUAGCCCUGCCACAUUGCUUAAUUGUGGCACAGUGGGGCAUAAGUCUUGUUCUCUUUGAUUGGGUUGUCAGCCUUGAUGCUCACUAGAAUCUCUAGAAUUUGAAAUGGACCUUGGUGCUUGCAAGUGAUUCAGUGACCGUGAAGAGAAGCAAGUCCUGGGGUCAGCCUUUGGAAAUGAGAAAUUUCCAAUCAGAAGACCAGUAUCCAGUAUAUGCUAGAAGCUGUGCUAUAGCAUUAGAAGAAGUUGAUGUUGGUUGUGCCAUAUUGAGUGGGGUGGCCCCAUGCUCCGUGAUCAACUGACCGGAAACCAACUUGGAUGAAUUCUCUGGGAGCCCUUUCAGGCUGUGCCUCUGCAUGUGGCAAGAAGUUUGUCAACAUUGUACCAAAUCUGGUGUUUCAAAACCUCAGUGUCUGGCACAUAUUUGCACACACACCCCUUAUUUCUAAACAUCCCUAAAACACUGCCAUCUGUAAUCUUUUUCUUAUUUAUUUCACCACAUUUCCAGAUUGGGCAAAAUUCAACUAUUGAGUCAGCUAAAAACGUUCAUUUGGGUUUUUUUGUAAGAUCCAAUGGAAAAUCCCAGACGAACUUUCUGGCCAACCUAGUACUUCUUUCUCCUUUUAAAAAAUGUUUAGAAUCUUCCUUUCCCCUGAACUUUCAUAUGAAAGGUUCACUUCCCAUUAGGUGCUAUCUUCCACACCUUGCUGACACCAUCUCUAUACUGUCUGUGUACAGUAAUUUUUCCUGGCUUCUUUCCUGAAGCUGAAUAGCUGAUAGACUUUCUUGGGAGAACGGGAUCGGAGCUCCCACUGUUCCCUUUGGGGGAUUCAUUCUGCAGUGGGCUGAAGCCAGUCCAGCCCAGAGGGAGACUGGAUGCCUCUCCCCUUCCUCCACACUACUGUCCACAGAUGAAGAGACCAUAAUGCACGUUUAUCUCAUUUGAAUCUGGGUAAACAGUCCAGAAGUAGCUUAUCCUAGAGUUGGAAAUAAGCGUUCUCUGUUUCAUCAGCCCCCGUGCUUCAGAGACCGUGGUCUAAGCCAAACAGAAUCUAAAGUGCCUGAUUGUACCUCCUCCACCUCAGGAAGAUGUUUCCUGAUCCUAACACUAAGAUUCCCCCCUGAAGUUUGUAUGUGAGCAGGGCUCUUAUUCUUAAGGUCUGCCCCAGAUUGAAAGCCUGCCUUGGAACAGGAAAUCAUGAAUUUUGUCUUGCAAGAAAGGGCAUAAAGAACAGCUUACAGCCCUUGUUCCUCCAAAUGCACCUUCACCUUAAAGUCAUGAGUCAGGAGACACCCGGGGGCUCCUUGGCCACCCCGGGGUCUGCUGGUCAGUCAGAAGGCAGCAACGCAAAAGUCUCUCGUGAAUAGUGUUUAUACCUAGAGAUGUUUAUAUUUAAGUAGUUAUUUUAUAAAUAAAAGCAUUUCAAGGGCCA